AUGGCAUCUAUAAAAUCCCUCACGGACGCAGUCAACACCUUCCUACAAGCCCUAAAAACCACCCCCCUCUCAACAACCAAAAUCCUCCAAACAUUCACCAAAAGCCCAGUACCUCUCAUCUACGAGCAUGGGCUACCACAACUAGCCCCAUUCCUGGGCCGCCGAUUCACAGGACCUGAGGGUGUGGUACAUUACUUCGAAUUGCUGGGCGAAACGCUCUCGAUCGAGGAGAUGAAGUUUGAAAAUGAGGGGGACUGGGUGGUGGACGGCUCUUCUUCGGCGGUUGUUUUGAGGGGAAAGGGAAGGUUUUGUUGGAAAGGGACCGGUCAGGUUUGGGAUGAGACUUUUAUUUAUCGGGUUGGUCUUGCGGUGGAGGGAGAUGGGGAUGGGGAGAUGAAGGUUUGUGAAUAUCGAGUUUGGGCGGAUACUGGGGCUGCGUAUCUUGCUAGGCGUGGGCGGUUGGAUGAGGCGGUUUAUGAUGGGUAUGGGGAUGAGGAUGGGGAUAUUGAUAGUAAUGGGAAAGGGCGAUCUCAGGAUGUGCUUGGGAAUGGGCUGAAUGUGUAUGGCAGUUGUGGUUGA